AUGCCGGCCGAUAGCCUUCUUGACAUGGCCCGCCGGGCUUGCGCUCGCAAUGUCCACCGGAUCACAGACAUUGGUGAUCUCGACUACGACCUGAUCCGACCCAUACUUUUGAAGAUCGAGAGCCCUGAGAAACUUCACCAACUCGAACUCUCGUCUCCGCAAAUCAUUGGCCACGACGCCGAGAUCUGGCUCAACUUCAUCAAGCGAGACAUCCCUGAUUGGGACCUGAAGCGCCAUGAACCAUCCAACCCCAGAAAUUGGUACAAAGUGUACAAGAAAUUAAAAGCAGAGGCAACCAAGGAUUCUUCAAAUGAUGAGGCGAUGUUGAAGGCCGCCUUGGCGGAUAUUCAGAAAGGGAAGGAGCUGAACACGGCGGAGAUAGCGAGCACUUCGCGUAGCGUGGGAUUAUAUUCAAGUAGCAACGCCCCUGGUCCCUCGCGAAGAGCUAGAAUCCAGUGGAACUACAUGACCGGCAAAACGGGUGCGAAGGGCGCGAGUAAGAUGACUUUAAUGGAGAAGAUUCGCAAGGAAGCAAGGGAUGCGAAAGCCGGCAGAAUGAAUCGACCGAUGCACGAGUUACAGAAGAAGCAGACUGGCGUUAUCAAGCCGCCGGCGCAAUUCGUCGAGGAGGUGAAGAAGAUGAAGAUCUUGCAGGCGACCGAGGCGAGGAAGGCUGUGAGUCCGCCGCUUAAGAGGCCCGUUUCGGGGAUUGGUGCAAAUGGCAAUUUGGGAGCACCAAGACCACCCAUACAAGCUCCUUCAACGCAGGGACCGAAACUGAAGCCUUCGCUUGCCACCGCGAGUGGCGUCAAGCCCUAUGAUAUGACGAGCGACCGUGAAUCAAGGUUGCGAGCGUUGAAGUCGGGCGGAACUCCACUUCAGAGGAAUGCGACUCCUAAUGGGGACCCAAAAGAAAAUGGGAAUACAACUGGCAGCUUGACUCUCGAUUUCCUCGAAGACUCAGACGAUGACGACAACCUGGCCCAGGCAAAGUGGAAACGGCAGCCCGAAGACGACAACACAGAAAUGCCGCGCAAGAAGCUAAGGCCCAAUAACGCAAACGCCAACGCCGAUGAGGUACUCCUGUCUCGAUCGAGGAGUCCCAUGAGGCUCUCCGCGGCACCGGGACCUCGGCCCCAGGGGUUGCAGCCGCUGAAGAGGAAGCAUGAAGCGCCAAAUCUAUUCUAUACAAGUCCUAAUAAACGACCCAACCCGGUAUAA